AUGGCUCCAGCUCCUGUCGUUGCCCCUACGGAGGGAGGGAUCUUAUCCGACGGAUCUUCUUCAGUCGUUGCAGAGUUCCUCAACUCAAUAAAACGAACAACGCCAUCAAAUCUCAAGGACUUCAUUAUCCCUAAAAACCUCCCGACAAGAUCACUUGAAACAAAUAUGGAAGGGACAAAGGUCCUUGCCGCCAGAGAUAAGGAACCCACAACACCACUACCAGCCUACGGUGAAGGAGCGAUUGAUCCGCACAACAUCAAUAUGCAAGGCAUUCUGGCACUUUUUGCUCUGCUUGGUGCAGCGCUUGUUAUCGCGGCAAUCUGGUUCUUCUUUUGGGCGAAGAAUGGCGGAUUCAUUUGGCGAGAGAAUGAUUGGGAUGAUUAUAAAUCUACAGUAUUACGACGAAAGGGCCCUGACGGCCGAACACUUUCCAACGCUACGAAAAGUACUGCACUUGGCGGAGGAAGUAUCGUUGGCAGGGAAUAUCGAGAUUAUGAUGACGCCACCACUACUAUGGAAACGGAAACUGUUGCAACGGGUAAAACGGGUAGAACUAGAAGAGGGUUCAAUGCUAUGAAGAAGAAACUGUUGCGUCGACAGAAGGAGUCCGACUGGGAAGGUGGCCAUGACGAGGAUAUGCGAGCCUACCGCCAUGAGAAGGCUGCACAAGUUGGUGGUAUGAACCGUGAAGCUGAUGGAACAUAUCAUGGCUCCGACUUUACUCCUACAAAUACACACACAAAUACACAUGAUGCGCCUAGCGAAGCCGGAUAUACCUAUACCUACGAUGAGAAGAGCGAAUGGACACAGAGCCAGGCCGGUUACACUAAUCAGUAUGAAGAGAUGGAUAUCUCUAGAGGCCGGAACGUAUCUGGUUUCUCCUUCGUUGCAGGUGAAGAGGAUACUGUCUCUCAUGUAACAGAGGAGCAACGGCCUCUUCGAGAGACGUCUCCUCCGGCCCGUCCCCGCGACACCGAUCGCCGUACCGCGGGUAGUCGUACUGAAGCAAGUUAUACGGAAGCGAGUCGCUCUGAAGUUAGCCGCUCUGAAGCUACUCGUUCCGAAGCUGGCCGGUCUGAGGUUUCGGACACCGAACGUCGCUCUCGCCAUGCUCGACGCUCCCAACGUCCCCGUGGGCCUAGAUCGAGUGCCAGCAACAGCCGUCAAUCCAGUUCUCGCAAGCACACUUCAAUGCCCGGUGGCUAUACUGAGCCACUUAACAUGUCUGAGUACUCAUACCAGCAUCUUGAUGGCUCGGACAAAGGCACUAGCAACUUGAGUUAUCACCAACCUCUCCCCGCCCUAAGCAAAGGAUACCGCCGUGCGGGCCGAGGCAGACGUCGAGACAGCUUGAGCGACAGCGAGGGAGAAGACUAUGAUAGUCGUCGGUCGUGA